UACAGAGGGCAUGAAUGUGAUCAACUUUCUAUACGGUCCCAAUUUUUCAAAUUAGGGAACAAAUCUUGGAAAAUUCAAUUCAAGGGUGUUGUAAAAUCCAUGAAUAUUCGCAAAAAAAGAAAUCAAUUCUUGCUGUUUAUUUCGGGUUACAUCGUCCUCAGCAUCACAGCUAGAAGAUGUCGGGAAAUGGUUGGUGAAACAGCCAGAUCCAAGACCGGCCACUUUACUCUGCUUGAUUGUUUUGAUUUGACCACGGGAUCCGUUGCAUGCACUGUGAAGGAGACUGUGAAGCUCUACUCUAAUAGCAUCAAAGGCACUCAUGCGGAGCUCAUCAGGCAGAAGUCAGUGAAGAACGCCUUAGCUGAUGCAGCAUCACAAGGAUUAUCUGAAAAAGAGGCAGAAAAGCAUGCAAAGAAAGAAGGAACCAAAGCUGCAAAGCAAGCAGAUCGGAAAGCUGACCGAGUUUUAGGGCCAAUCACCUCGAGUCAAUGGGAUUUUUUCGAAGUAAUGUACUAUGGAGGAACAAUAACUGAGGGGAUCCUCAGGGCAGGGGGGACCUUGGUUGGUACUUACACUUUCGGCUUCCUUGCCAAGCAAAAGCUUGGAAAUUUUGGUUAUUUGUUAGGAAGUCAAGUGGGCAGUUGGAUUGGUGGAAGGAUUGGAUUAUUGGUAUAUGAUGUAGUGAAUGGGGUGCACUAUCUCCUCAACUUUGCAUAAAUUGGAGAAACUAAAAACAUUUCACAUGAGUACGAUCAGAUAGCCCAAGUAGUGGGUUUAUCUUCUGUUGUCCCGGGACACCGGGGUCGACUACAUGUCUUCGGUUACCCAUAGUGAGGUACUAUAUCAUCGAUUCGUUUUGAACAAAAGGGCAGUAAGAGGUCUGGUGUUUUCACCUUGUUGAAUGCAGUGUUCCUGUUAAGUUUUUAAAGAUAGUGUUUUAAUGUUUAUCUGAGCG